UCUGCUACAUUGCAGUGCAAACAAGUUUUGCACCUCAGCUCCUCCCACAGAUCAACAAUGUAGCCAAGUAUAAAAAUGACUCCACAUGCCUUUCACACAGUCAGCUGCCGCUGAUUCAAAUGUGCAACCGUCUUUUACAACUUUCUCUAUCCCUGUAUGAGAAGGGAGCUCCUGCGGUGCCACUGAUCGAUGAUGAUCUAAAGGAUUAACCCUCUUCAUGUGCAGGAUUAAUCAUUCAGUCAGUUGAGGGGGUUGUGUGUCGUCUCAUGGAUCGCUUUGAUGGAUCCCCUGGGGAGUUCAGGAACUUUGAGAAGGCUGACUUUGAGGCAGACUGGAUUAAAGUGGCAGAAAACAGACUUGGUCAGGUGUACCAGGUCAAGCUCAAGCCCUUGCGGAUACAGUGUGCCCUGAAGAGCCUUGACACAAUGUUGUAUGCAAACAACAUUUACAGGAGAAUAAUAGAAGAGGCUUCCAGCAUGGCCAAAGUGAAAUUUAAGUACAUUGUGUCCAUCUACGGACUGUGCAGCGAAGCGACAGCCAUGGUGAUGGAGUACAUGAGUAAUGGAUCGCUGAACAAUCUCCUGGCCAGUCACACUUUGAUGUGGCCAAAGAAGUUCCAGAUGAUUCAUGAGGCCUCCAUGGGCAUGAAUUUCCUCCACAGCAUGAAACCUCCUCUGCUUCACCUCAACCUUAAGACGUCCAACAUCCUACUGGACAGUCAUCUGCAUGUCAAGAUUUCGGAUUUUGGUUUAAUCCACUGGGAAGCGGGCAUGAACAAGAAAUCAUUCAUAGAGAGUCUUGCAGCAAGAGGGAACAUAAGUUAUAUUCCUCCAGAGACCUUCACUCAGAGCCCUGAUCCUCCAGGAACUGUGUUUGAUGUUUACAGCUUUGGAAUUGUUAUUUGGGAGAUUCUGACACAGCAGAAACCGUACGCAGGGUGCAGUGUGACCACGGUACUCCUACAGGUGUCACAUGGUAAGAGACCCUCUGUGGAGCUGAUUUCUGAACAGAGGCCCCAUGAGUGUGAUCAGAUGAUCUGCAUCAUGAGACAGUGCUGGGACCAGGAAAACAAGAAGAGGCCGCAAUUCUUAGACACAGUAAGGAAAACAGAAGCACUGAGUGAAGUCUUGAAGAUCCCAGGACCAAUCCUGUUACCAAACAGUGACGGUGGUCAGAAAUCAGAUUAUCCAUGGCUGUUUUCACCGAAACACCAGAUUGCUUUGCCAGAGCUGCCUGACCUUCCCUCAGAUGACCAACAUGCCGAGGAUGUACUUCUUUCUCUACUCUCCAAAAAGGACUUUGGUAGUUUCAGAGAGUCUGUGAGGAAAGAGCAUAUACACAUACCAUUUUCAGGAGAAAAAAGCCUCCUCCACUACACAGUGGCAAGUGGGGAUGCAGAGAGUGUUGAACAUGUGCUGAGUCUGGGUGCCCAAGUCAACUGCACUACUGCCAGAGGCUACACUCCUCUUAUUGUUGCUGUUUUGAAAAGACAUCAUGACAUCAUAUCUUUAUUGCUGGAACAUGGAGCAGCUGCAAACCUUGGAGAUGAGGACCAGUGGACAGCGCUCCAUUUUGCUGCUCAGAGUGGAGAUGACAGGACGGUUCGCCUCCUCUUGGACAAAGGAGCAGUGGCGGAUGCCCGGGAAAAAGCUGGUUGGAUGCCACUACACCUUGCUUGCCAGAAUGACCAUGAAACAGUAGUGCGCCUGCUGCUUUCACGGCUGUCGGAGGAAGCAGUCGGAGAACGGGAAGCGCAAGGGAGGACACCGCUCCACAUCGCCUCUGCCUUUGGACAUCUCAGCAUCACCAAGCUCCUCCUCUCUCAGGGAGCAGAUCCCAAUGCUACAGAUUUCUCUCUGUACACUGCUCUUCAUUUAGCAGCUGAUGAGGGCCAGAACAGAAUUGUCAGACACUUACUGAAGGGUGGCGUGAAUCCUGACAGUGCAGACAUCAAAGGUUUCACCCCGCUCCACAUGGCGGCCCUGAAGGGUCACACCGGUAUCUGCAGGCAGCUGUUGUCAAAUAGGGCCAGUCCAGACUCUAAAACCCUGCAAGGCUGGACACCUAUGCACCUCGCAGCCCUAAGGGGACAUGAAGCAACAGUGGUCCAGCUGGAGAGCCAGGGUGCUUGUGUAAAUGCUAGAGGUAUGAAUGGAUGGACCCCCCUCCACCUUGCCUGCCACCAGAGCGAGGCGGAGGUGGUUGCGAGGCUACUAGCAGCCAAAGCUGACCCAAACGUAUCAGAGGACAAUGAAGGAUGGACACCAUUACACACAGCGUGCACCAGCCUCAGCUUACCAAGUGUACUUUACUUGAUAUCACAUCAUGCAGCCGUGAAUGCAGUAAACUCAGGGAAGGCUUCACCUUUGCACCUGGCUGCCAAGCAUGGCUCCACACCCAUCAUAAAGGCUCUGCUCCAGACCGGAGCAGACCGUACUCUGCUGGACUCUUCUGGAUCCACAGCUUUGAAUGUUGCUCAAAGGUGUGAGAAAUGGGAUGUAGUUAAACUACUGGAGUUGUAGAUAUUUUAAAAGGAAAAAUGAAACAGAAUUUGUGAAAACAUAAAAACACAGCUUGAAACUAUAAUCCUCUUUUAUGUGGAGAUUUAAUAAGCAGCUUAAAAAUUUAGUUCUGCAAGUUUAUUUGAACAAACCACAUUAGCAUUUGCCAUAUUGUGAUCCCAAAUCCAGCUUUUGUAGAAUAAAGACACAAACAUCUGUAAAUCCUACUGGGGCAGUGGAGGAGAAAAAGAAAGGAAACCCACACAUGGGGUCAGAGCAAGGUGAGGUACUGUAUGAUAUCAGGAAAGAACAAGAAUUGAUUAUUGUCUAUGAAUCACCUUCCCUGUUCCUUCUGUAUGCUUUACUGGAAUUAAAGCAGCCUACUCAUUGGGGUUAAAAUAAAACUUAAGAAGAGCUGCUGAUC